AUGGCCCAAGUAGACAGCGCCUCAACAGCAGCAGAUCAGAUUGUUGUUGACCAUCAUCUACCGAGUCCUGACACGCCCGUUUCAGAUACAGCUGCAGUCUGUGUGAGCGGCGGUUUGAUCGGAGCAGUGCUCGAAGUUUGUUUUGCCCUUGCACUGACUCCAUCCCGACUCAAGUCAUUCUCACAUGCUCACCACACUGUCUCUCGAUUCAGAUCCAAAAUCAAAUGUCAGGCCGAACAACCAGCUUGCUCAUCAUGCGUGAAGCGCAAAAUCAAAUGCACAUACAACACGAGAGUUCUGCCGAACUCUGCAUCUCCACUGUCCAACGAAGGUGGGUGCGAUACAAGUACGAUGAAAUACAAUGGCGUACCAGCAGCGUCAGAGGAGGAUCUUCUGAUUGGCGCCUUGCUCUCUUCCGCUAGUGGCCAGAGAAGUGCUCAUUCAACGGUGAUGGACGCUACCUCCAGCGCCGGAAGCGCAACCGAGCCUCCUGGACCGUUCACUGAAAACCUUGGCGAGAGUUUUCCCGACUUCUUCCCAGAUCCCGCCGGUUUGUUCGGCAUGCCCGAAUCGGACGACUUUGACUAUAACCAAGACUGGCUGUUUGGGCCGUCCGGUGCCAAUGACUGGUGCUCGUUCCCCGGCAAAGAUGCUUCCCUUUUACAGUCCACGGACGCAUCACUAUUCCAACCUCGACUUCCGUCUGAUUCUCCACGAGGCGCUUCAAUUCCGGUGGAAAAUGGUUGGGCUCAUGGCGACCUGCCUGUGCCAGAUCCCCAGGAUUCUGGAAGCCCAGGAGAUCCUUGGCCUGUGGAAUCCCAUGCAGGUCCGACCCAGCGUCUAACGCUCCCUCCAUUCGGAAUGUCGGAACAGCACCGGGCUCGAAAACACUUCUCGAUACCACCCCUUAGUAGUUCGACUAUGGCUUCCCUGCGACGCCACUUUGAACUGCCUUCUGAGCGGAGUCCUUGGCUCCCAGUUCAGUUGAGUAGCUUCCCAAGCAGCGAAACCCUUGAUCUCUGCAUUGAUUCAUAUUUUGCACACUUCCAUCAGAUCUUCCCAAUACUACACCGUCCGACCUUUGACCCUGAUGAUAGCCUGGUUGUCACUUUGGCUGUUGCCGAGCACGAUCGUCGCUUUGUUCGAACCGUGGCGUAUUUCACCGCACAGCUAUUACAAGGCAUGCACGGAUAUUGCAGUGGCAAUGAGCGUCUUUUCGAGCUCAGUGAAUCAAGUCGAAGCGCGCUCGUUCAUCAUGCCAAGUGUAUGGGCUUAUUUCGAGACCCGGUUCCUCGCGUCAGCUCUUCAGAUGAUCCUGAGGAAGCCUGGAAGGAAUGGAUUCGGCAGGAACGAUGCAUUCGCCUAGGUUGGGCUGUUUUUGAGUACGACUUUUGUAAGGCAUUGUUGCACAAUGACAGGCUCUGUCUCAACAUAAUGGACGCCUGCAUGAGGAUGCCGAGCUCGAUGAAGCUCUGGGAUGCCGAUUCUGCGUACGCCUGGGCCAGCUUGCAAUUUCCGGGGCAUUCGUUAACUACUGACCUGAGAGUGCUUCCCACAAUCAGAAACUUGUUCGAAAGUAAAGGAAAAGCCGCAAGAGGGUUAACAAACGAGCGACAUCGUCUUAUCAUGAUCUUCACGUUAAGUAUGAUGCUACUCUGCUUGGAGCAAUCUAGCUUCAUACUAGUCGGUGGGCAUUUGGGACCUGGCCUUGAUCAUCCAAAACAGAAGGUACUAGAAGUCUUGGAUCACUUUUCUCAGACCCCCAUCCUGCUGUUACGGACACAUCCCAAAUUGGAGGUGGCGAGGGUUGUUCAGGAGAUGCACUUGGUACACAUGUCGCAUCUUCAUGCCGCCGGUGGUCUCAUGCGCUGGGUAAAUCCGUUCCUACGAAAAGUUUUGUUAAGCAAGCCGUCUCAGUCUUCCAGCCACCAAACAGCUCGUGUCCUUCAAUGGGGUGCUGAAAACCCCAGAAGGGUGCGGGAAGUCGCUUACCACUGUGCGCAAAUCUUGGCAUUGGCACGCCAAUUUCCCGAGAACAUGUCUAUGGAGGCAUUUAAUACUUUUCACGCCGGGAUCAUACUUGUGUGUAUGGCUCGACUAUUAACGACUUCGCAAAACACGGAUCAAAACGGCGACACGCUUCGCAUUGACUACCAAGGUGAUCCUGAUGAUCCAACCUCUCGGAGAAUCUCAGCAUGGGUGUGUGAGGGUGGGAAUGAGGUGAUUGGUGUACACGGUGCUCCCGUCCUCUGCUGCCGGCAAGGUUGGGGACAGGUGCUAGACGAGACGGCGGCGCUAUUAACACGGCGGAGAGUAUGGGGAAUCGCACAGAAUCUUGUCAACGUGGUGCUCACAAUUCGUAGUGACAGUUUUGACGCCCUCCAUGGCAUGGCAUGGACAGACCAGUCGUUAGAAAGCCAUUGA